CCGCCGAAGCUCUCAGAUCUCUCGAAGCUUCUCCUCCUCCUCCUCCUCCGACUCCGAUGGCUCUCGAGUGGGUGGUCCUGGGCUACGCCGCCGGCGCGGAGGCGAUCAUGGUGCUCCUCCUGACCAUCCCGGGCCUCGACGGCCUCCGGAGGGGCCUCGUCGCCGUCACCCGCAACCUCCUGAAGCCCUUCCUCUCCGUCGUCCCCUUCUGCCUCUUCCUCCUCAUGGACAUCUACUGGAAGUACGAGACCCGCCCCGGGUGCGAGGCCGACGCCUCCUGCACCCCGUCCGAGCACCUCCGCCACCAGAAGUCCGUCAUGAAGAGCCAGCGCAACGCCCUCCUCAUCGCCGCCGCCCUCGUCUUCUACUGGCUCCUCUACUCCGUCACCCACCUCGUCGUCCGGAUCGAGCAGCUCAACCAGCGGGUCGACCGCCUCAAGGCUCGCGAUUGAUUCCGGUACUCGCCUCUCCAGAUGAUUUGAGACUUUUUCCCCGUAACAUCGUGUUCCUAGUUUUGGUCCCCCCCACCCCCUUCCCCCCCUUCUUUUCCCCAUUUUGCUGUCUGAAUACGCUCGGUGAUGUUCAAAUAUUCUCUGGAAAGAUCUCUCGAUAUGGAAUCCGAAUAUAAUGCCUGUUUGAGUUGUAUCCGUGUGGAGAUCUUGUAGAAUUGUGGCUAGCUUUCGGUUCGUUGUGUUGGUUAUUGUGGGAUUUGAUGACGAAGGUGGAGGUAACCUGAGGCUUGGAUUAA